AUGGUCCCAGGGCUGUUUCCUACUGUUAUGCCAAAGUUUCUUGUUGGGAGGAGAGGGCCGGCAAACAAGAAAACUGUCACCAUUCAACCCGAGGGCAAAGACCAAUCUGUUCUGUUAGCAACAACCAAGACUAAGAAGCAAAACAAGCGUUCAAGCUUGCUUCACAAGUCUGUCAUGAAAAAAGAGUUCCCCAGGAUGGUAAAGGCAGUAAAAAACCAGGUUGUAGGAAUAAAAUUGAAAGUUGUCAUCGAAUUAGAACAUAAACUGAAGCUUCUUCUACAUGUAUGUGCAGAGAAAGGGGUUCCUGAUUUUUGGCUUAUUGCAAUCAAGAACAAUGAAGUGCGUGCUGAUAAGAUUACAGAGCGUGAUGAGGGAGCUGUCAAAUAUCUCAAAGAUAUUAAGUGGUUUAGGGUAGAAGAACCUAAAGGAUUCAAGCUUGAGUUCUACUUCGAUACCAACCCUUAUUUCAAGAAUUCUGUCUUGACAAAGACAUAUCACAUGAUUGACGAGGAUGAACCUAUUCUAGCGAAACCCAUUGGGUAA